GCACGCACGCACACACGCGCACGCACGCACAUCCAUGGUGGAGCCGCGCAGUCAUUCAGGGAGAGACGGUCUGACAGAGACCAGCGCUGCGGCGUACAUGGAGAGCUGAGGGCGGACAUGAGCUUCACCUCCUCCAUGAUGUUCAUAUCUGCGCUGCUCACUCUUCUUCUCUAUGUAGACACUGGAUGUUCCCAAGCUGCGCCUCGCGUCAGCCGUUACGAUGCGUCGCCCAUCAGCAGGAAGCCCGGCUCGGCCGCCGACACCUGGGACACCUUCCUCACCGACAUGCCUCCUCCUCCUGCUCUGCCCGGGAACAGGCCGCCGGGUGUCGGGCCUGUCGCCGGCCUCGCAGCAGCGUCGCCCGGGCCGAGCAUCCUCCAGCCUCACUCUGGAUUAACCUCCGCGGCCAUUUCCAGAUUAUCCGCAGCUCGUAAACGGUCCGCGGUGUCCGUGGUUUCCCAGCGCUCAGUCAACGAUGCCUGGGCUGCGGAUCACACGGGAGACCCGGAGAACAGUCAAGAGAGCUCGUGUAACUGCACCAGCGGCGCUGAAGGGAUUCUGGACCCCGACGAGUGCGACCAGAGCUCGGGUCAGUGUCGGUGUGUGUCCGGGUACACGGGCCUGCAGUGUGAGGAGUGUGAGGACGGCUUCUUCACCAACGGCACCAGCGGCUGCCUGCCCUGCAGCUGCGACUCCUUCGGGGCCAUCAACCCUCUCUGUGACAGCUCAGGAACAUGUGUGUGCAAGACGGGAGUGGACGGUCCCAAGUGUGACGAGUGUCACCCGGGUUUCUUCCACUUCAGCAACACUGGCUGUCGACCCUGUCAGUGUCACAACCACACCAGCUCCUGCCACCCACAGUCCGGAGUUUGUUUGAACUGUGAGGGAAACACACACGGAUCCAACUGUGACCUGUGUCAGCUCGCUUUCUCCCGCAGAGCUGGAGCCUCGCUGACCGAGGCUUGUUCCCCGUGUCCCUGCUCCAACGUCACCUCCACCAGCACCUGUCACACCGACUCCAGUGGCUCUCAGGUGUGUGACCAGUGUCUUCCGGCGUACAGCGGCUCACAGUGUAACGAGUGCAGCGCCGGCUUCUACAGGUCAUCGGGCUCCUGUGUUCCCUGUGACUGCAGUGGUAACGCAGACCCGCGAGGCCCCGCCCAGCUGUGUCACCCUGACACUGGUCACUGCCUCCGCUGCAUCAACAGCACGACUGGAAACCAGUGCCAGCUGUGUGCUGCGGGAUACACGGGCGACGCCCACGCACAGAACUGCACACUUCUGGCUCCCCGGAUCCUUCCCACAGCAGCAGGUACAACCACCUCCGCUGUGUCCUCCCUGUCCACCACCAGCUCCUCUCUAACCUCCUCCACAGCCUCCACGCCCAGCAGCAGCAGCAGCAGCAGCAGCAGCAGCAGCGCGGCCACGUCCACGUCCACGUCCACGUCCACGGCCCAGGUCCUGCUGACCAGCCUGAGCAGCCCCACAGACAACACCACGGCGGCGCUGACCCAAGUCUCCUGGACGCAGUUCAACGUCAUCAUCCUGGCCGUCAUCAUCCUGGUGGUGGUGGUGCUGCUGGGCUUCGUGGGUGGCGUGUAUACGUACAGAGAGUACCAGAACCGCAAGCUCAACGCCCCCUUCUGGACCAUCGAGCUGAAAGAGGACAACAUCAGCUUCAGCAGCUACCACGACAGCAUCCCUAAUGCCGACGUGUCGGGUCUGCUGGAGGACGAGGCCAACGAGGUGGCGCCCAACGGUCAACUGGCUCUGACCACACAGAACAACUGCUACAAGGUCUAGUUUCAUCGUCCCCUGGAGCUGCACACACACACACACACACACACACACACACACACUGAUGUAUGACGACAAAACGCUGCUGGACAAAGUACCAAAUCCAAAGCUCUGCUCGUUCUUAACCUGCUCGCCUACAUUUCAACUGAAGCAGAAGCUUUUUUAUACGACUCUUUUUGUGGAAUCAGUGAACAGGACCCAAAGAAAAAAAGGUGUUUGGUUAGGUUCUGCCUGCAGGUGGCACUGUUGUGAUCCUUUCAGCAGCAGCAGCAGCAGCAGCAGCAGUGUGGGAGACUCUUUAAGUUAUGACUGGAUCACGUGGAGCAGUGGUCCAACACUGAGACUAUGAUUGUUAUUUAACUGAGUUUUAUUCUGUUCUUAUUUAUUGGUUAACGUUUCAUUUUCAGGAGAAUUGCUGCACAUGUGUGACGUGUGUUUUUAUCUUCAUGUGCUGUUGAAUGGCCACUGUGUUGUCAUGUACGUGACAGACAGACAGACAGACAGACAGACAGUCUAAGGGGAAGAUGAAGGCUGCUGGUAACAACCUCAUCUUUUGUGAAUAGCUUCCUUUAUGUUAAAGGGAUAGUUCUGGUUUUGGAGUGUGGUUGUGUUCAGCGCUGAUUGUGAUGAGAAUCAACAUGGCUGCCAGUUUAAUUAAAGGCUCACCUCAUAAAAUGUUGUUUUCACUGCUCUAUUUCACUCUCUUACACCGAGCUCCACAGACACAGGAGGAGGAGCUUAGUACAAUCUGAAAGUGUCAUUAAUGAGGCAGCAACAGAUCAACAACUGUGUGCUCUAUGGACUUUGGUGUGGGAGAGUGAGUGGUUUGAAAAAAAAAAAAAGAGUCAACUCAUUCUUGCAACCACACGUCAAUCACCUGAACAAUCCCUUAAUGUGUGCGGCUCACCUGCUUCAUCUGAGAGGAUUAACAUUCACGCGACGCAACAUUUGUUGUGUAAUCUGGACGGCUCUUUGCUGCUGUGUGUGUGUGUGUGUGUGUGUGUGUGUGUGUGUGUUCUUGUAUGGAUAUCUCUGAGAGGACCAAAACACUUACAAACCACAGGAAGUGAGGACAUUUUGGCUGGUCCUCACUUCCUGUCAUGCCUUCAAAGGGCUUCUUGAGGGUUAAGGCUUGGUUUCAGGGUUAGGCGUUUAAUUUUGAUGGUUAAGGUUACGAUAAGGAACAGCAUUAUUUGUAUAGUGUCCUUACUACGAACGUGUGUGUGUGUGUGUGUGUGUGUGAGACAGAGGUUGGGCUCUGUGACUCAGUGACUCAUUCCCUAUUGUCUUGGAUAUAAACCGUACAAACAGGAAAUAGUGCAACAACAGCAUCAACAAACUGUUCUUGAAUGAAACCAGUCUGCACUGUAAAGAACUCAUUAUUAGUUACAGUGAAGUUGCAUCAGCUUCCACAUUAACACAUGAAACAUCGAAGCCUCACGCCUGAUCCUGUGUGUGUGUGUGUGUGUUUUAUUUUGGUUUUCAUUGAAAGGAUGUGGGGCCACACGGUGGUGUAGUGGUUAGCACUCUCGCCUUGCAGCGAGAACACCCGGGUUCGCCCGAUGUAGCUGAGAUUGGCACAGCACCCCCCCCCCCCCGACCCUCUGGCAGAGGAUAAAGCAGUAGAUGAUGAUGACUGACUGACUGAUGAAAGGAUGUGCGUUUUUCUUUCUUUUUUUAAUCACAAUGAAUAAGUAAAUGCUAAUUAUGGAAUUAUCUCCUCAGGUACUGGCUCUUUCCCUAAUGUGAUCACUGUAAAUAUAAAUACUGUACAGAUGAAUGUGAAUAGUAGCAUUAUUAAUGUACAGUUAGUAAAGUGUGCGUGUGUGUGUGUGUGUGUGUGCAUACACUGUCACUCAACAAGCUCUCAACCUUUCAGUGUCGGGGUUUGAUGCUGCUGCUGUCGGCCCACAGCUUCUUUUGUAUUUUUUAUUGCUUAAUAUCGCUGGACUUUGCCAUAUAUGCAAACACGGGGACAAGAAAACACCAUGAACCUGCAGCAGAGAAAUGAACUCAUGUAAAUAUUACCCUGAAAUAAAAGUGGGCUUUAACUGUG